AUGUCCAGCAACGGAGGUUACGGAUCAUAUGGCUCCCCCGGUUCUGCUGCAGGAGGCGGAAUGCAAGGUGGUGGACAAGGCGUCCAAGGAGUUGUUUCGGGAUAUCCUCCCAUCCUUCAGCCUCGAGGCGGUCCUUCCAGACCCUCAGUGAUACCACAGGCUAGCCAGCAGAAAGAAGAACAAGCAGAACAAGCAGAAGAUUAG